AUUGAUCCGCAAUAUUAAAAAAAGCAAAAUAAUACCUCGUUGGCAUAGGGUAUUGUGAUUCGGAAACAUGGUCAGAAAGCGAGCCAGGUUCAUCCCCUAGUCUCCUAUAGAGAGGCAAUUGAAGCUUUUGCAGUUGAAGCCAUUCUUCUGUCCCUUUCUGUCCCAUCAAUCUAAAAUGAAGAUUCCUCAAACAUAAAUCCAAAACCAACUGAAUCUAGCCCAUCGAUGCGUAAACAUUCAUUGCCCAGCUUCUCCAGUGAUUACGAUCUCUUGGCUUUUGUUGUAGCCUCCCUUUAGAAAUAGCUCCAUAAUUACAUUUCUGUUGCUAAAGCUUGAAGAAAUUGAUGCAGUAACAACGCCCUCGGGUGGAGCAAUGUUGAGAACAACCAAUGUUCAGUCUCCGUUUUGCAAAACCCAUCUUUUUCCUAUACAUAGUCACCUGCGCAUAAACCAUGUUCGUUUCAAAUACAGAACCGGUUUGCUUGAAUCCCCGAUGUGCCUCUCAAUGAGAAAAGGCAGUUACAUUAGGUGUUCUCUGAUUGAGCCUGAUGGUGGGAAGCUCGUGGACCUGAUUGUUCCAGAGAGCCAAAGGGAUUCUAGAAGGAAGGAAGCUCGUUCAUUGCCUCAAAUAAGGCUUUCAAGGAUUGAUUUAGAAUGGGCCCAUGUUGUGAGCGAAGGAUGGGCUAGCCCUCUCAAGGGCUUCAUGAGACAGACCGAGUUCCUCCAAACUCUUCAUUUCAAUUGCCUCAGGCUGCAGGAUGGUUCCUUUGUUAACAUGUCAGUGCCCAUUGUUUUGGCCAUUGAUGACUUGCAGAAGGAAGCAAUUGGCCAGCGUAAGGAUGUUGCAUUACUGAAUCAGAAUGGGAAACUUAUUGCAAUUAUGAGAAACAUUGAAAUUUAUAAACAUAACAAAGAGGAACGCAUUGCAAGAACAUGGGGAACAACAGCUCCAGGAUUGCCAUAUGUGGAAGAAGCAAUAGCUCAUGCGGGGAAAUGGUUAAUUGGAGGUGAUCUGGAGGUCAUAGAGCAGAUAAGAUACAAUGAUGGUUUAGAUCACUACAGGCUUUCUCCUAAACAACUCCGUGAAGAAUUUGAAAGACGCAAUGCAGAUGCAGUGUUUGCUUUCCAGUUAAGAAAUCCAGUUCAUAAUGGACAUGCCUUGCUAAUGACAGAUACCCGUAGACGUCUUCUUGAUAUGGGCUACAAGAAUCCUAUCUUACUCCUGCAUCCAUUGGGUGGCUUUACAAAAUCGGAUGAUGUGCCUCUUAGUUGGCGAAUGAAACAACAUGACAAGGUUCUUGAAGAAGGUGUCCUUGAUCCAGAGACAACAGUUGUGGCCAUUUUCCCCUCUCCCAUGCAUUAUGCAGGGCCAACAGAAGUUCAGUGGCAUGCUAAGGCUCGGAUAAAUGCUGGGGCGGACUUUUAUAUUGUUGGUCGGGAUCCUGCUGGCAUGGGUCAUCCUACGAAGAAAAGAGACUUGUAUGACCCAGAUCAUGGAAAGAUGGUUCUCAGUAUGUCUCCUGGCCUAGAGAGGCUCAACAUUCUCCCAUUCAGGGUUGCUGCCUAUGACAAAAGGCAAAACAAAAUGGCAUUUUUUGAUCCAUCACGAUCUGAUGAUUUUCUCUUCAUUUCAGGCACUAAGAUGCGUAAUCUUGCCAAAAAUGGCGAGAAUCCUCCAGAUGGUUUCAUGUGUAGUGGUGGAUGGAAAGUGCUGGUUGAGUACUACCAGAGUUUGCAAUCUAAGACCAAUCAACAUAAAGAAGCUGUAGCAGUAUAGUAGUAUUUCGGUUGUGAGAGUACACAUUUAUGGAAUCUAUUGUGCAUAUAUAUAAUAAUAAAACCAUGGUUUGUGUGCAAGUGUUGUUAAGGAAGUAGGCAACAAAAGGUCUAUUUCUUGUUAAAUCUGAAAUAAAAUGGUGAGUUCCAAAAUAAUUGCUGUCAGGACAAAAUUACAUCUUCAGUAGUUGAACUCAAGCAAUUACUCUGGACCAGAAGCCAGUGUUGUGAAGAUUGCUGCUAAAUGACAAAGACAUUAGAACACAUGGAAUUUGAUUUGCUGUAAAUACUAAAAUCCUUAGAAUAAAGGUUUGUGUAUUAGUGUGCUCAAGGAAGAAGGCCAGACCACCUCAAUUGUAAAAAAAACCAUAGGUUACAAGUUGACUGUCGCGAAGACUAGUUUAUGGCUUGAUAAUUAUUUUCUAAGAUUGUUUUGUGGCUUAUUAAUGACAGAAAAUUAUAAUUGUAACCUAUUGAAGGUGGUUAUGAUGUACCAGCUUUUCCAGUUUGGUGCAUGGAUCUCGAAAUAUAAUUGUUGGCUUCCUUGAUUUGUUUUA